CAACAACUGGACCUAUAAGAACUCCUACUCCGUCCCCGAGACUCUUAACUUUUAACUCACCCGUCCGCUAUCAAAUAUCCAGCUUUUGUCCGGCAAAACCCUCGACUUUUUUUUUUCUCAAAAGUGAGUGAGUGUUGUGGUUCUGCGUCGUAACGAGGAUCUAACCGAAAACGAAUCAUGGGCUGGCGUUGGAGCUCCGCUGGUUUUUUCGCUUGUCUUUUAAUACAAGCAACAUUUAUUCUAUGUCAGGAGGAGAACGAGAUUACCCUUAACGAUCUCAUCCGAAUCGAAGAAAACGAACCAGCCUUUUUCGAGGAGCCAUCUCAUAUCCACAAAAGAGAUGCUGGCUGUAUAUUCGAACCUGAGAUAAUUCCAGAGGGCUCGGAGCAGUUCGGGAUUCGACUGAAACCUUUAAAAACCAAAUCCACCUCCUUCCUGGAGCCGGCCGCCUCCACAUAUCGCGCAGCUCAAUACCAGCCUGUGCGAUAUAAUUUGCCGCCACUUCCGGCCAACGAGAAUGCUAAAGCAAGCACCGAUUACAGACAGAACAACGCGCCCGCAAAAAUUAACCAAAAUCCAUUCAGUGUCAGCAAAUAUAAAGCGACAACUCCGAAGUACCCGCUAACCACACCGGAGACCGAUGAUGCAGUGGAGCCAGCUGGAAGCGGCGAUGUCUUCGAGGCUAUCAAACCCUCUACCUCGGCCCCCGAGUACCUUCCUCCUUACCAAGAGCCUCAAACGCCCGCUCCAAGUUACAGACCAACUUCUGCGCCCAUCUCAAGACAGCGGCUUGUUCAGCAGCCGACGCAAACGGUGAGCUACGUCAACCCAGCGCCGGCACAACCUCUGACUCAAAAUUACCUCCCACCGGAAACAGCGGCGUCGAACGUUGACACGGUAAAACAGCCAUUCCAAAAUUCCGUUUACUACACUCCGACGGUUCCGACGGUAAGACCGCUUGUUUCACAAUCAGUGACAAGCUACUAUUUCCCGACACAAAGGACGACUCUUGCACCCAUCAGAGUUGAAAGUUUGAAGAACUACCUACCGCCGGAAAAUGCAGCGCCUUCGAAUGAAAACCCGGCCUUCGCUUUCCCGUCGACAACCACCCAGAAGCCUGCAACUCAAUCCAACGAGUAUCUUCCACCCGAGAGCCCUGAGUCCACGAACGACAACCCGGCGUUUUUGCAACCGGCCCAGCCGAAAAAACCGGUCGACGGACUAGCCGGACGCUUCACCACACCCGACGAACACUAUCACACUCUCGAGGAACUUUGCAACGAUCCGUUCCAUAGUUUCCUGUGCGAGCCCUUGAAGCCGAGAAGUAAAGACCGAUUCAAGAACCGGAACUCGAAAAAAGUGAACGCUGGGAACAUUCCGGACGCAUCUUUCGUGCAACCACGUGUAGUCGCGCCUAGCACGACCAUUUCACCGCCUACCAAUGAUCAGCCGUUAGUACCCGCGAGUUCGUUCCAGGAUAUCACCAGAACUAAACUACCGGAGGAAAAACACGAUUGUGAUAAGUCACAGCCGAUUGUUGCUGCAGCCUCAUUCAACCAGGCUCCACUAGUAUCAAAAAUCGAUGUGUCAUAUCUACCACCGGUUUCAACCACAACGACGCAAGCACCAACCACAACAGCGGCUCCACAGACCCCACCGACAGGUUUGUACGCGAAGAAUCCUUUCAGUGAGCUCGUGUUUCAGAGUCCUAUCAAGCAGGCAGCAAAACCGCAGCCGUUCGUCGCUAAGACCUACUUGCAACCCCAAACCAACGCCAUAGAAGAGAAACCCGUUUUACCGCAGCCUUCGAACAAUCAGUUUUCGUUCAUUCCUCGUCAGUUCCCAUCGACAACCAAGCCACUCAAAAUCCCAGACUACCCUUGCAACAAGCAUAACUCGAUUGCUGAGACUCCGGCUGCUUCAUCGGUAUCUGAGAAUGUGCAGGGAUACAACUACCCUCAGCCUCAACCUCCCUUUCCUCAACCCGCAGCUUCGAAUAUCGUGACGACCGGUUACAGUUACCCACAACCAGCUGCUUCGACCGCUGUAUUGACAGGAUAUAGUUAUCCUCAACCAUCUCCUUCAACCACCGUGACAACGGGGUACAACUAUCCCGUACCAGCAGCAUCCUCGCUCGUUUCAACCGGGUACGAGCAACCUCAGCCUUCUCCUUCAACCACCACGACAAAAGGCUACAACUACCCCGUGCCAGCGGCUUCCUCGCUGGUAUCGACUGGAUAUGAACAACCUCAGCAAGCCGUCACUGGAUACAGCUACCCUCAGCCGAAUCCGACGUUCAACGAAAUCCCUCAAGCCUCAAACGAACAACCCACUUUUUCCGGUUACCAGUACCCGGUCCCCGCCUUCAAUCAACAAUACCUGCAACCCGCAGCAUCGAUCAACUACUUCGUGCCUUCAGCUCGACCGGCAGUCACCACUACAACGACGUCAGCCCCCUCCACGACUACGGCUUCCUCGGAGCCAAAAGAUGACGAGUUCCCACCACUCAAUUCGAGUCAUUUCACAUUUCUGCCGGGAGAGGUCGAUGAGAUCUCCAAUUUUAAAGGCUACACCACGGGGAGGCCGCAACCGAGUGCAGUGCCCGAAAAAGUUAUAGGUUAUGGCGCUCCUAAAAAUGAUACCUCUUUGCAACCAGCGGCAGAUACCAAUUUUGGAUAUUACUACCCCUCUCCGCAACCAGCUCCCGCGGCGAGUGCCAAUGUUGAGAGUUUUCAGGGGUACUCUUACCCGAGUCCGUCGAAUAAUCAACCGGUUUUUGAGACGACUCCGAAAACAGACGGUUAUGACUAUCCUGCCCCUCUCGCCUCCGAACGGCUGAGUUUACCUUCGAACUUUUUCUCGCAAAAGGUGAAGUUGCCCUUGGAGGAGCAGAGGUCUUCUUUUCAAAAAGAGGACUGUGAUAAAAGACCGCAUUCGCUGCAAAUAAGACGAAGUUGAGUAAGUCUGCGCGCGACAGUUCUGAGUUUCUCAGGAACUUUCAACAUUACUUGUGACAUGAACACUAACUUUAAAGCGGUCAGUUGAAAUAGCCCCGAAUUUUGCCUCGCAAGCGGUGAAUGACCGUCCGGAGAUCAUGCUUGCCAGCAGACGCUGUACCCUGCCUGUUUUUAAUCAGAAUUCAAUUUUUUCACUUUUACAAUGUAUGCAAAUUUCAAAAAUCUCUUCUAGUAUUUGGAAAACUACUUUGGAACCUUUUUCAGUUUUUUUAUAAUUCAUCAUUCUUUAAUGAAAAUUUGGACAGGGUUGAAAAAAAGGUACAGACAAUUUCAUUUUCAAUGAAAUGCGUCAACUGAUAAAGUUCGAUUUUCGAAUGUAUUCUUUUUGUUUAGUUUACAUCGUAUACAGCAUACAUUUUUUAUUGACUUUCAUUCUCUUCAAAAAUCACCACUAAUGAAAGAUACUCUUCUAUGUAAAUUGUGUAAAUAUGUUUCGUCAGAAUAUUUUCUAUAAAAUAAGUUUCACUGCCAUUACAGUUUAUCAUUAUUAGUAUACUUGUUGAGCGAUGUAAAAUCGGCGAGUGCCGGCUACAUUAUACAGAGUUUUAUUCAUAAUUUUCAUUUGGGAGAAAUUUUCUCAAAGUUUCAUGGCGGAGAGUAGGUUUCCAUGAUUUUUCGCUGCCUUUCUCAUUGACUCUUACAAAAAACAUGUGAUAUUUUUACUCAGCGUAAAAAGCAAAGCUUUCACGCAGUUAUUGUUCCUCAUUUUACUCAUUACCACACAAGUAAACAAAUAGUUACCAUUUGAUGUAAUAAAAAUUAAUGCAAUCACAGUUACCAAGCAAAAUAUUGGAUGCAAUUAAAAUACUACGUCAAUAAUAGUCUUCAUUUAUCAUUUUCAUCAAUACUACACUGGAA